CCUUACCAUCUACCGAAUAUUCGAUCUGAUUUGAGCCUAUAAAUGGCGGCCAUGGUGUUCAUUACAAACCUUCUUUCCAUUCGCUGAACAAUUCAUUCAUUCGCCCAAUCGCUUAUCUUCUUCCUUCCGGAUUAUCCAAUCAGAUUCAGUUUUCCAUCACCCGAUUUCGAUUUCGAUCUGACCCAGAUUGGAUUAAUCGAUUCUGAUUAGUUUUUCCAACAUCAGAUGCUAUGAUCUUGUUUCUCUAAUGAGUUACGCCAUUCUCAAGCGUCGGAUCCGAAUUCUUCAUUCAUUCUCCGUUGUUUUCCUCUACUGGUUCUACGACUUUUCAUGAGCUAACUUGAUUGAUUGAUUGAUCAUCUUGUUUUCUCUUAUUCAAUUGAUACCUGAUUAUUUUCUAAAACCCUAACCCUAGAAUUUAUUAAACACCGAGAACAACGCUAACCCAGAUCGAAUUCGCUUUUGUUGAGUCCAAUUAAGCCAAUUUUAUAAAGGAAAGGAGAUAUAUUUUGUAUGGAUUCAAUGAAACAGCUGAGUUCCGGAUCCGAUGUUGAUCCUCGUUAUGUUGGAGUGGAUGAGAAGAAGAGGAAGAGGAUGAUCUCUAACAGGGAAUCGGCUAGGAGGUCUAGGAUGAAGAAGCAACAGCAUUCUGAUACGUUGCUUAGUGAAAUAACGCAGAUUCAAGCUCAGAAUAAGCAGUUGGAUGAUCAGAUUAAUGUGGUGGCUGCUAAUUACUUUCAGUUUGAAUCUGAGAACAGGGUUUUGAAGGCACAAUAUGAUGAAUUGACUGAUAGGCUUCGAUCUUUGAAUUCGUUUUUGGAGAUAGUUGGUGAAGUUAGUGGACAUGCAGUUGAUAUCCAUGAAAUGCCACAAAUUCUGCUUGAGCCAUGGCAACUUCCAUGUCAGGUGCAGCAUACUUCAAGCAUGUUUCAGUGCUGAAUUGAAACCAACAGUUAUGUUUCUGGGUUUGUUUGUUUGAUUGUUUGUUCUAUACUGUUUUGUUCUAAGUUGAAUUUUCUUGUUUCUGGAUUUGUGUCUUUAAAGUUGUUUGUUUCUUAAGAUUUGGUUUCUAGAAUGUUGUUCAAUGUGUUUUUAAUUGCUUUGCAAAUGUACUCAGUGUGCUAUGUUAUGUACUGCCUAUAUGGUUGCUUCUAUCAAUUCAAUAAUUGGCUUUGUU